UAUGAGUACAGUGCUUUACCCAAUUUUUUGGCAAGCUUUUGGUUUUCAGUGCGUGAGUUAGAAGCUGAUUUUCCACAAUUUCUGUUCUUGCGUCAGUGACAAAUUAAGCCAGAAGGCACAAAAGAGACGACGCAAAGAACAGUUGGACAAACUGUAAACUUGUGCAGAAGCAGCCACAAAGUGCUCACAAACUCGCAGUCUGAGGAGCCGUCAAAAACCCAAAGCGACUCAUCCUUUCUUGCUGUGAAUGAGGGAUACUUCGCUGGACAUGUGAAUUUAAAAGGAGAUACCUGCCAAGCACAACAAUGAAGCAAACGUCUGUCCUGUGUUGCCUCGGCUUUCUCCUGACAAGCGUCUUGUUUGGGGUCGUCUCUCCACAAUCAGUCUGUGCUGGCACGGAGAACAAGCUAAGCACUCUGUCGGACCUGGAGCAGCAGUAUCGUACCUUGAGAAAAUAUUACGAGAACUGUGAAGUCGUCAUGGGCAACCUUGAGAUUACAAGCAUUGACCGUAGUCGAGAUCUGACCUUCCUCAGAUCCAUACGAGAAGUGACUGGCUACGUGUUGGUGGCUCUGAACCAGUUCGACUACCUGCCUUUGGAGAACUUGAGGAUCAUUCGUGGAACCAAGCUUUAUGAGGACCGCUACUCGCUUGCAAUCUUUCUGAAUUAUAGACGGGAUGGAAACUUUGGCCUUCGACAGCUGGGUCUUAAAAACCUCACAGAGAUUCUCAAAGGAGGUGUGUAUGUUGACCAAAACAAGUUCCUCUGCCAUGCAGACACAAUCCACUGGCAGGACAUUGUCAAGUAUCCAAGGAUCCAUCCUAUAGUGGUACCCACUAACAGCAGUGUUAUAUGUCAAAAGUGUCAUCGUUCCUGUACUGGGCGCUGCUGGGGCCCCAAGGAGGACCACUGUCAAAGCUUAACUAAGACGGUGUGUGCUGAACAGUGCGACGGUCGCUGCUUUGGUCCCUAUGUAAGUGACUGCUGCCAUCGUGAGUGUGCAGGUGGCUGCUUUGGCCCAAAGGACACAGACUGUUUUGCCUGCACAAACUUCAAUGACAGUGGAGCGUGUGUUACACAGUGCCCUCAGCCAUUUGUCUACAAUCCUACCACGUUCCAACUCGAACACAACCCGAGGGCAAAGUACACCUAUGGAGCCUUCUGUGUCAAGAAGUGUCCUCAUAACUUUGUGGUGGACCACAGCUCCUGUGUAAGAGCAUGCCCUAGUAACAAGAUGGAGGUGGAGGAGAACCGCAUUAAGAUGUGCAUCCCUUGCACGGAUAUCUGCCCAAAAGCAUGUGAUGGAAUAGGCACAGCCAGCCUCCAGACAGCUCAGACAGUGGACUCAAGCAACAUUGACAACUUUGUCAACUGCACCAAAAUCAAUGGCAACCUGGUGUUCCUUAUUACUGGGAUUAAAGGGGAUGUCUAUCACAACAUUGGACCUUUAGAUCCAGAAAAACUCAACGUGUUCCGGACUGUUCGGGAAAUCACAGGCUACCUUAACAUCCAGUCUUGGCCUGACAACAUGACUGACUUGAGUGUUUUCUCCAACCUAGUAACUAUCGGGGGAAGAGCGCUGUACAGUGGGAUUUCCCUGUUGGUGUUAAAACAGCAAGGCAUCUCAUCGCUGCAGCUACAGUCCCUGAGAGAGAUCAGUGCUGGGAAUGUCCACAUUGCAGAGAACAGCCAACUCUGCUACUACAGCACUGUGAACUGGACAAGACUCUUUCGUGCUGGUAACCAAAAUGUCCUUAUCCGCAGCAACAGAAGCCCACAAGAAUGUGCCAAGGAUCACAUGGUGUGUGACACAUUGUGUUCUGAUGCUGGAUGUUGGGGUCCUGGCCCGAACCAGUGCCUGUCCUGCCGGUACUUCAGCCGGGGACGAACCUGUGUAGAUACCUGCAACCUGUAUGAAGGGGAUAUUCGAGAGUAUGCCAAUGGUUCAAUGUGUGUGGAGUGUGAUGCCCAGUGUGAAAGAGCAGACGAUGACUCUUUAACCUGCCACGGCCCAGGCCCGGAACAUUGUGUGAAAUGCCUUCAUUUCAAGGACGGUCCGAACUGUGUGGAAAAGUGUCCUGAUGGCUUACAAGGUGCCAACAGCUUCAUCUUCAAAUAUGCCGAAGUAAACAACGAAUGCCAUCCCUGCCAUGCCAACUGCACCCAAGGGUGCAUUGGACCAAGACUUCAAGACUGCAUCGGCUGGAUGGACAGAACCCCUCUGAUUGCUGCUGGAGUGAUUGGCGGCCUCUUCAUGGUGGUGAUCAUGGUAUUGAGCGUAGCAGUGUCUGUGCGGCGGAAGAACAUUAAGAAGAAGAGGGCCCUUCGGCGAUUUCUGGAGACUGAGUUGGUAGAACCUCUGACUCCCAGUGGAACAGCUCCUAAUCAAGCCCAGCUUCGCAUCCUUAAAGAAACAGAACUUAAAAGAGUCAAGAUCCUUGGUUCAGGAGCCUUUGGAACUGUAUACAAGGGUAUUUGGGUCCCAGAGGGUGAAACUGUAAAAAUUCCUGUGGCCAUCAAAAUCCUUAAUGAGGCCACUGGACCCAAGGCAAAUGUGGAGUUCAUGGACGAGGCUUUAAUAAUGGCUAGCAUGGAGCACCCUCACCUUGUCCGGCUGUUGGGUGUCUGCCUGAGUCCGACUAUCCAGCUGGUGACACAACUCAUGCCUCAUGGCUGCCUGCUUGACUACGUCCACGAGCACAAGGACAACAUCGGAUCACAGCUGCUGCUCAACUGGUGUGUCCAGAUUGCCAAGGGAAUGAUGUACCUGGAGGAGCGUAGACUUGUCCACCGAGAUCUUGCAGCCCGGAAUGUUCUGGUCAAAUCUCCAAACCACAUCAAAAUCACCGACUUUGGGCUGGCUCGGCUGCUAGAUGUCAACGAAAAAGAAUAUAAUGCCGAUGGGGGAAAGAUGCCAAUCAAGUGGAUGGCCCUGGAGUGUAUACAUUACAGGAAAUUUACCCACCAGAGUGACGUUUGGAGUUAUGGUGUGACCAUAUGGGAACUUAUGACCUUUGGAGGGAAACCAUAUGAUGGCAUUUCGACUAGAGAUAUUCCAGAUCUACUGGAGAAAGGAGAACGUCUUCCUCAGCCACCCAUCUGUACCAUUGAUGUCUAUAUGGUCAUGGUCAAAUGCUGGAUGAUUGAUGCAGACAGUCGACCCAAGUUCAAGGAACUAGCUGCAGAGUUCACACGGAUGGCUCGUGAUCCCCAGCGAUACCUGGUCAUCCAGGGUGAUGACCGCAUGAAAUUGCCCAGCCCCAAUGACAGCAAGUUUUUCCAGAGCCUGCUAGAGGAAGAUGAGUUGGAGGACUUGAUGGAUGCUGAGGAGUAUUUGGUUCCUCACUCCUUUAACAUCCCACCACUGGCAUACACUCCUCGCACACGCAUGGACUCCAACAAGAAUCAAUUUGGCUGUCAGGAUCCAACUUUUACCAUGGGAGACAUGCUGGCUACUCUGCCUAGAGUGGGUCAAUCCAUGUCUGGAAGCAGCCUCCCUUCACAGGAACUCGCUGCAGGGGCCCAGAUUAGUGGUGGAUUUAGUCGUGGCAACCAAGAUGACCCUCGCUGCAAUGGCACCCUAAGAAAGCAAGCCUCCCCAAGGUCAAAGACCCUUGGUUCAGCUCAUAUUCCAGGACAAGGUGGAGGAGAGGAGACAAGUGGACAGCGCUACAGUGCGGAUCCUACUGGUCUUUUAUCAGAACGAGGUGAAAAGGGAGACAAGGAUGGCUACAUGGCUUCCAUGAGAAACAAGAACACCUCAGAUCAUCUCCAUCCUGUUGAGGAAAACCCUUUUGUCACACGUCGUAGGAACGGUGAUGCCCACGUAGUGAUAGAUGGAGCAAGUUGCCACACCUUGCACAUAGCUGGCGCUGCCGCAGCCCCAAUAGGCCAGUCUGCCCAUGGAGACGAUGAGUACAUCAAUGAGCCACUGUACCUGAAUACAUUCCUUAGCCCUGGGGACAAAAAUGGAUUAGCUGGUGCCAUUUCCAUCUCUGGUUCUUCGUCCUCUACUGCACAAUCAGUCCUGCAGACAGCAAACCCAUCCACAUCAAGCCACAUCGUUUCCUCCACUGGAUAUGUGGUAACUCCUGGCUUACUCCCCCACCCAACAUAUCCAUCACAUACCUUGCAUCCAGGGCAUUCAGGACACACACUACACUCAGGCAUCAGCAGUAGCACAAUGGCAUUUGAUAAGAAAGCCAAGAAAGCAACUUUUGACAAUCCUGAGUAUUGGCAGCACAGUCUCCCUCCGAAGUCCACAUUGCACAAUCCCGAGUACCUGCAGGACUGCAGCACACGUUUCUUCUACCGGCAGAAUGGACGCAUUCGCCCUGCUGUGGCAGAAAACCAGGAAUACUUGUCUGAGGCUGCUAUGAAGGCUGGCAAUGUAUUGCCACCACCUCCAUACAGGCAGAGGAACACUGUGGUGUAGUGACCCACCUGUAGCAUCUGGAGAUUAAAAUCAUGUAUUUUGCCGUACUUGCCCUCCUGGGUCCUCCUUGCACCUUUUCUGGAAACUUGUCAUAAUCAUUCUAUUUGGAAGUCUUCUAUUCUCAGUGUUUGAAUCUGCCUUUCCAUAACAGACCUACAAUAGCUGUCAGUUACAGCUUCAUCUAAGACUUAAACCAUCCUUUUUAAACAUGACUCCGAAACUGGAGGAUCUCCUUCAGGGAGGGAUCUGGUUUGACCUGCAGAAAACUGUUCUGGCAUCUUUAACAACAGAACAAAAGCAAUCCAAGAAACGUAUACAUCAAUGUGUUAUUUAAAAAAGAAGAAAUAACCUAAUUAGGCUAAUUAAACUAGUUAGUCAGACAAGGAGUAUUUUCAUUGACACUGUGAGAUUGUUAAUGAACCCAUAAAUCAUUCUUCUGUAUGUUUUAUAUAUUUUCUAAUCAAACUAGUUGUGUACAUGGUUUUGUUUGAACAGACUUUUUACAUUGGGUUUAGGCUAUAAUGUGAAACAUGCAUUCAGGUCAGAAUCUUGGCUUACCAACCAAACUGAAGUUAUGCUGAGAACACCUAACAUAGAUUUUAUUCCCACAAACUCAUUUCUUUGUCCGUUCCUUUUCUUAAAACAAUUAAGCAUGUCAGACCUGGGACAAGCCCGAAGGCCUGGCACAACAACAGAAACCAUACAUUUGUUCACAAGUAAACAUAUCAACAUGUACGCCUGCAACCACUUGAAAUGUUUUCUGGAGCAGUUUGAUCUUCUGCAGAAACAGCAGAAAACAGGAAGUUGUGAAGAGCAGAAGAAGGGAAGAUUUCAACAAAAUGCUCAAUAGCAUUGUUUUUGAGCUUUUGGCCCUGUCCAGAAUAAUAUGAAUAUGUUUUUAGAAUUUUUUAAAUGAACAUUUUCCACAAUGGAAAUGCUUAAAACUUCAUUCUGUCUCCAACAAUACUGCAGCUGUUUUUUUUUUUCCUUUUACCCCCUCACAUUUCUCUUAUGUUAUUCUGUUUGAUUUAACCUUUUAAUGCAAGCUCAUGAAGUUAAUGAGUAAGAGGAAAGGGCAUUGAGUGAUCACAAAAGCACAAUCUAAAGCAGGGACACUGCACUGCAUUCUGCGAACAUUGGAGACUUACUGUUAACUCCAGUCAACAGCAGAAUAUAUGCAGCUGGAGAGUGAGACACACUAAGUGGAAAAAAACACACACACGAACUGUUAUAUUUAUUGUAAGACACAAAAUAAGGCUUUUGCAUCCACAUAUAAGAAGCAAAUACAAGCUUAUGGAAAAAGACUGGAUUUUUCUUGCAUACAUAAAUUUCUGCUGAAACUCUUGAAAUUGUAUUAUUUGUCUCAAAACAAACAAUAUGAAAGGCAGUUGCUGUUGUAUGUGUCAUCUUUGGUUACAGAGCACAUAUUUAUGCACAUUAGAACUAAGAUAAGUAAUUUGCAUAACUCAUGGAUGGAAUCUACCUUUGUUUGUCUUAUUUCAAAUUUAGAUGACUUUCAAAUAAUUUUUAGGAGACAAGCUGUUCAAACUUCAGGCAUUGGUAAAAACUUUGUGGGGUAAUGUAAUUUCUUCACCAUAGCAUUGAUCACCUCCCAGGUCUCCAUGAUGUGUUCCUGUGUGAUGUCAUCAUUACCUUCCAUAAUAUUUAAGAAGAAUCUUUAGCCUAGCUCUGCUUUUGGAGUUUGUCUACAGAAUGUUAGCCUCAUUGUUGCUGGCAUUAACGUUACCUGCCGGCAUGACAUAACUUUUACAUUGACGUUGAUUGAAUCACACAGUUUGGCUGGACAUGGGUUUUGUCAAAAACAGAAGAAAAACUUUAACAAGAUAUCCCGAAUAGUGUAGCAAUGAUUUGUGAUCAGAUAUGCCAGCUGUGAUGGGAAUUUAAAAGAGGCAUUGUUCAGAAAACAGCCUUUUAUUUUCUUAUGUUAUUUUACGUUAUGUUUCCUCUCUAUUAUACAAAUAUAUCCAGCAAAUAGGGCCUCAAACAACCAAAUCAAUGUUUGAUUUGGUGCCAUGCAUGAAUGAUUACUUUAAAAGGAGACAAAAAAGUUGAUUUUGGGGAAGCUAUUAACUCUGACAUAUUAGUAAAAAAUUUACUGUUUUUGUUGAUUAAACCAUCAGGUUUUUAUUAUGUUCCUUAUUUUAAUGACAAAGGUGGAAAAACCCUGAAUAGUCAACAACCAAAAAAGUCUGAAUAUUUAUCUUAAGAGCUGUAAUAAUGAACCGACUACACGUCAUUACUAUACAGAGAGGGGGAAAAAAAACUAUAUGAACCAAUCCGUAUAUAAAGAGAUGUAAAAGUAUAUCAACUACAGCAAGUUUUUGCACCACUGUCUUCAGAAACACUGAAUUGAACUUGGUAUCACAGUCUACUCAAGAGUAGACCUAUUUUUUCCUUUUUUUACAUUGACAGUGAAAGACUUUUUAUUACUUAUGACAGACUUUCUAUAAUUAUACUGCUGGAUGCCACAUAAAACUCUGAUCGAGAUCAGUAGUAUUUAUCAUCAAAAAGACUGUGAAGCCUUUCUUUGGCACAGUUGUUAAUUAAAAUGUGCUUAAUGUUCUUGACAGCUAAAUAACUAAUGUUAUUCUUGCUCUGAAGGCAAUUCAUGCAUAUGUUUUUAUAUGAUGCAAGUAUAAUUUAGCAUUACCAGUAUUUUCAUUUCAUCAGCAUUUUGCUAAUUAAGUUUUAGCACUUUUGAGGUAUAAUAAUGUUAUAUAAAAAUGAGUGACACAAAAUUUCAAUCAGGGAAAUAUCUUGAAAAGUUAGCUGUUUAAUUCACUGUAUUAAAUAACUUGUUUGGUUUCUAAUAUUGCACUUUUUGUAAUGUGGGUGGAAGGCUGAGUUUUCUUACUAUAGGGUCAAGUCACCAAAACAGAAACCCCUUUUUCCCAAUUAUUCUUCUUCCUUAUUAAACACAUUUGCUCAUAUUUUAGCUUUUGUUGUAUUUACUACAUAUUUAUACAUACUUAUAUAUUAUUUAGUUGAGUUUAAGCUUCAUAACAUUUUAAUUUCAUAAUGAUUACAGUAAAAGCUAUACCAUUCUUCGUCUAAAUGCUUUCUAAAACUGGUUUAAAACUUGCGUUUGUUUUAAAGUUAUAUAAGCUUAAAGUCUGGUAUUUUUACGAAAGCUGUCCAUGGAUAUCUAAGCACAAUAUGAAGAGAAGGUUAUAUGCCACACAUACUCCAAGACAUGUCACAUGUCCUGAAAUAAUCAGAUUCUGAGUGACAAAAACAAAUUUGAGGGGGGAAAAAAACUAUGUAUAAGGUAUAUUACAGUUUUGCAAGUUGUGCAGAUGAAUGCAAGAUGCAAGAAAAAUAUCAGCAAAAUUGAGGCCAUGUAUCUUGUUGAGAGUAUCUAUUAAAAUGAAAGAGACUACCAACAGCUUGAGAUUUUGUGACUCCUUAUGAUGAUUAAUAGAAGCUGUGAUCUGGACUAGAGCUGAUACAAGGCUCUAGUCUUGCAUUGGGACAUCCCAAGUGAAAACUACACUUUAUUAUGUGACCCAUUGCUGAACCCAUGAAUGUGAGCACAUUUGAAAGACAAAUACAUUUAUCCUAAUUGCACAAUUUGAUUAAAUAAUAAUAAAAUUCUUUUGCUUCUUUCUAAGCCAAUUCAAUGGUGGACAUUUUCUCUUUUGCCAUUUUGAACCCUUGCAGUAUGCAUAAUUUUGUACCUGACCUUUUGAAUUUGAAAUAGUGCAUUUCUGCCAAUGAACAUUUUAUACUGAGGAAGUUUUGAUCUGUACGCAGCAUGGGGAGAUUUUACAGCUGCUUUGACGCUUAUAUAUAUUAAAGCCAACCUUGAAAGGCAAUGUAGAUAUAUGACUCCAGUUAAUAAUAAUAUCUACCAACAAACAGAAAGCCACUUCUAAUUACUUUGUGUUGCUUUUGUGUUGUAAUCAUAUACUACCUGACCCAAACAAUUGUGCCAACUGAAUUUAACUGAGCAAGUAGGGAUGAGCAUCCCAUUGGAUAGUUACUUCAUAGACACUUGCCUUCCAGCUGGCAACAAAAUAUUCAGACACAUUUUGUGGUCAUAGAAAGGAUGUUAGUCUAUUUGAAACAGUCAAAUUAUUGGCAUUAAGCAAAGAAAACAAAGGAGAUUGCAAAAACUACUAAAACUAGGUUGAGAACAGUCUAAAGCAUAAUUAAAAACUGGACGUACAGUAAAAAAACUGAGCUAUGGUCUGCAUACACAAAAAUAAAAAGGAAAUUAUAGUCACAAAAAGAAACUGAAAUAAUAAGGUAUACCAUUUCAAUGCAUAGUUGUUAAAUGGAGGUGAACUGACACAGAGCUUAUAGUAUGUAAAUAGUGAUGUUUUGCUAAUCAUUGGAUGUUAAGGAAAUGACAUCACAUGCACACCAUCAAACUCUGAGAAUUAAAAAUGGCUACUGGGACUUGACAAGUUUCCAUUUAGGAUGUUUUGAAGAAUAAGUAUACUUUACUAAAUAGCUUGCCCCGUUUAAAGAAAAGAUGUGUAUAACCAUGCAGACUAGCCUGAUGAACAUUUUAUUGCUAUACAACAAUGUACAAGCACUCUUACACAACCUGUGCCUCUAUAUUAAAGAUUCAUAUAAGCAGCAAGGAUGAUUUACUACUGUACCAAGCACAGAUGUUUCCCUGGCAGAAUAUUUUCUUUGCCUCUCAGGUUUUAUGGGGAAUAAUAAUCAUCCAUUUGAGCUCCAGCUGAGACAGAUCAUGAAUGGAUGUUAAACCAAUUGAAAUAAAAGUAUAUUGGAAGAUAGAUCGGUGCCAUAAUACCCCACUAGAUGAAUACAUUUCUGUUGACCUGUGCAACCCAAUGACAAUGUGAAUUUAAUGGUGAAUUUCUAAGCAUUAAUUAACAUAUUGCUACUCUACUCUGAUACUAACCCAUUGCUCUGUUCUAUAUAUGCUAAUAGUUUUUCCUAGGUUAUGAUUAUUCUGCUUACUUUAUAUAAACAAUCACCUUUGCCUAAAUUAUCGUGUAAAUGAGUUGUGUAGCAAUAUCCUCUCUGUGUUGAAAAUUCUAUUUUGUAAGCUUAUCAUCUAUGAGGCAUUCGUAGCAGAGCUUGUAGACCACUGUAUGACCGUGCAUGUAAGAGCAAUAAGAGCAGUAAAGAGUCACCAUUAGGGAUAGAAAUGGUUCUCUUGAGAAAAAUAAAGCCAAUCUAUGAAAGAGAAAAGCUGCUGGCGCUCUCAGCUGGCAGCCAUCGCCAGGGCUUUUAGCUUUUUGAAUGCUAAUUUAUCUACUUUCUCCUUGUUGUUCUAUGGGGAAAUCAUGUUACCCAACAACUCACUCAGUGCACCAGCUGAGAAGCCCUGGACAACAGGCAAUUGGUUGUAAUCUUGCAGCGAGGUUAAAACUAUAGCAUUGGCAUUCAAGAAAUGUACCCAACCAAUGCGUCAGUAUUACAAAAGCCAGGAGGGUAGGAGGUGUGACUGCAAUGAAACUAGCAGAGUUAAAAUGCCACUGUUUAUGUCUCUUCAGAAGUGACUGUUGAAUUAUAUGUAGCAAACACUGGCAGAAAUGAGUGGAGUAAAAACAAAAAUAUGGUGAUUGUGGUCAAAUUAGUCACUCAUAGGGCCGUAUGAACAUCUUUAAAUGGCUAAUAAUUACUUACUUACUUAUUGACUACAUGGAGUAUAUGAUAACACUUUUAUUUAUUUAAAAUAUGUUUUCCUGUUUGUUGGUCUGUGUCAGUAUUGAGCAUAUUUUAAUAGCGUGUAACUACAUGUUUUGUGGGGGGGGGGUUGUAUUGUUUUCCCUCUCAUUUGCACUUCAGGGUCUUAUAAAUUUUGAGUAUCCACCUGCAUCAUCUUUGUUGGAAAUACUGCAUUGCUGUUAUAUUUUGUGGUUUAUAACAACUCAAGUCCAUACCCAAAGAUCUUUACUGAAAAAAGUACUAUACAUUGUAAUAGAUAUCUUUAGGUGUUCCUCAUAAACCUGUAACUGUUUAUUGAUAAAUCUUUGCCUUUGGAAAAUGUGAACACUGUUGAAGAAGUUUUUCUCAACCUCCAACUACUGUAGUGUUUUGUCAAGUUUCCACCCAAACACAUAUUUGACUUCUGACAGGCACAUAAACCAGGUUUCUUCUGUGCUAAUGUAAUUUAAAUACGCCUCCUAUUGCAAAGUUUAUGUUGACCAUACGUUAUCAGAUAUUGGUGCUCUCCUACCUUUCAAACCUUGCUGUAGGUACUUCUUUGUUAUAUUUGGUGAGAAAAGGCUUAUUUACAAUUUAGGUUUAAAAGGGAUUUUGACUAUCAGACACAAAAUCCAAGCAAAUUAGGCAGCUACUUGGACCCUCGCACCAGCAGGGGUUUCCCAUGAGCAAUAGAAUUGUCAAAGGAGUCACGUUUAUAAAUAUUCAAGCAACACUUCAGUAUAAUUUCUGUAAAGGGGGCUUUCUGUGAAAUGAUUUUUGCUCUCAGCUUUGCCAGUAUUAACUUCCAAACACUUGAUGCCAAACAAUUUUCUUUUCUGAAAAUGGCAACAACCAAAUGCAUUUAAUUUCAUUUUUCAAAAAAGACAUGCUAUAUCAAGUACUGCAUGUAACAUGAUUAAGAUUUAAGCAAUGUGGAUUAAGUUGUGGGCUGCAUGGUGAUGUAAAUGCUAGCUCUGCUGCCUUGUGGCAAAUAGGUCAGAGGUUCAAACGUGGAGUUUGCAUGUUCUCCCCUGAAUGCCCAGGUUUUCUCUGGUUUCUUUGACUUCCUCACAUAGACUAUAAACAUGACAGUUAGGCUAAUUGAUUACUCUAAAUUACCCUUGUAAGUGUGUUUGCCUUGGUGUUUUCCCUGUGACAGACUGGCAUAUGUCCUGGGUGUAUCAUGCCCCCUGUUCAAUGACCGCUGGAUGUAAGCACCCCCUGCCCCCAUACAUAGUAAGUGGGCCCAGUCAAUAGAUAGAUGGAUUCAGUUUUGCAAUCUAAGUUUGAAUUUUAUUUAUUUACUUAAUUGUUUUACGCUAUUAUUUUUGAUAAUUGUAUAUGUAUAAUACAUAGACAUCAAAAUCCAGAAAAUUUAAAACAUUAUCUAAGCUAUGUCCAGCAAUGGAAUUGGAAGGGACCCCAAAUAAAAUUAUAUUCAAGUCCCCAUACGGCACAGGUGUCAAACUCCAGUCCUCGAGGGCCGCUGUCCUA